UCCACGAGCAACCAUUAAUACUGCGUAUAGAGAUAAUUUUAUUAUUUCUGCUAAGUUGGCGAAUACUGUGCACUAUUUUUAAGUUGAUAUUGCAGAUACAAUACUCUGUCAUUAUUACACAAGUAUCCUAAUAUGAACAUCACGUCGACAUUACUUCCAUACUGUGGACCGUGGACGUCUGUACAUUACAAUAAGAUGUUUCAUCCAAAUCUUUGUCAUGUUUGCAAGAGGACAAAAGAAACGAUAAAUUUAACAACGUGUAACCGGUGUUUCUUGAUCUCUUACUGCUCCGAAGAUCACAAAAACCUGCACCUUCCGCAACACCGCCAAAUUUGUACAGCUAUAGAAAAGUUCCUAAAGGACUACCCUCAAUGGUUCACUCGCCGUUUUACUGACGAUGAAUGGAGCAAUGAACAAACACAAAGAAGAAUUUGAGGAUCUACAUCACAACAUUUGCGACAUUUUGAUACUAUGGCUAAAUCUUCAGCUUUCAAAUGUUCAAUACGAAAGUAAAGCUUCAUUAUCGUUAAAAUUUAUGAAGUUUCCCGAUGACGAUGGACCUUUCAAUGACAUGGCAAAAUUUAUAGAAGAAUAUGUACAAAACAGAAAAGGUGUAUGGUACGCUUUGGAUUACAUCUAUACCGAUUACGUGUCAGAACCGCUCUCGGUAUAUUAUGGUAUGUACUACGCAGGAUUAUUUGAUCUACUGAACAGACCUAUCUAUACCAUUCAUAUUGUACAAGCUGAUUCCAUAGAAAAAAACGGUUUACCAGCUUGGGAAAUAUUGUUACAUCUUUUCCCAAAUAUAGAAGUGCUAAUAGUUGUAUUGGUAGGAAAAACUUUACAAUUUGAAUUUGGUAUGCAGGAUAUUUGUCCCCAUUGCAUUUACAAUGGCAAGAAAUUUAUCUACGAAUGUUGUAGUAUGAUAUACAGCGAUUAUAUGAUCAACCCGAUGUAUAGAACAGCGAACUUGAUCAUAGGUUUCCAAAUAAUAUUAAAAUCUGCGUUAUAUUCCUGUAUAAAGACAAUGCAAUCUCAGGAUUGUCCGGUACUUUUUACUACUAUGUCGGAAGAUAUAGCGUUAGGAGAAGCGGCUGCGAUACAGAAUAUGCUGGGUAUAGAUGUAUGGCCUGUUAUUGGCAUAAAAAAUAAAUUCGUGUCUCUGAGACCUCAUAGAACCAUUAAAUAUAUUUAUUAUCGUAAUGUAUUUUUGAUUGUCUACAAAACAUUAAAAAAUGCAAGUAGUGCGAUUCAAAGCAAUAGUACAAUUUGCAUAUAAUUAUAUCUCUAUUUUGGUGACAAAGGACAAGGAAAGGAAAUGAAGGAAAUGAAGGAAAUGAAGGAAAAGAAAUUGGUUGAUUAACGCAACAAUAAAUAGCAAAACACGUUUAGUGCUCAUUAGUUUCAUUUUCUCGUUAAUUGAAUUAAUAAUUAUCCUGCGCGUAAAUAGUAUUGUACGUUUGGUGAAUUCUUUUCACAAAUAACUUGAAAUUUUCUCAACGAAGCUAUAUGUGUGU